AUGGCGGAUACGGGGCUGAAAGCAAAGCGGUUUGUCUCCAUUGUCGCCGCGACAAUGGUGGCUCUUGCUUGUGGAACGAAUUAUGCAUACUCGGCCUGGUCGCCUCAGUACGCAGAGAAGAUGAAACUUUCAUCCACCCAAGCCAACCUCAUAGGAGCAGCAGCAAAUUUGGGAAUGUAUGCCUGCGGUAUUCCAAUGGGUCUUUUGACGGACAACCGGGGCCCGCGACUUACUACUCUAAUCGGAGCUGUCUCUCUCGGUGUGGGCUACUUCCCGCUGCAUCUCGCUUAUAAGGGUGGCCAAGGAUCGAUGGGUGUUUUCUUCCAGGCCUUCUUCUCGUUCCUGACUGGUUUCGGGAGCUGCUCUGCCUUUGGCGCUUCAAUCAAGACUGCUGCAACAAACUUUCCCGAACACCGCGGAACGGCUACGGCGUUCCCCCUUGCCGCAUUUGGUCUGAGCGCUUUCUUCUGGUCGACUUUGUCGGCUAUUCUGUUCAAUGGCGAUGCUGGCCGAUUUCUUCUCCUGCUGUCUCUUGGGACUUCUGUCAUGAACCUUGUCUCUUUUCCUUUUAUGCGACUUUUGGCGCCGGCCCCCGCUACUGGGCCAUACGCCCCAGUGUCAGCACGCCGCUCCGUGGAAUCUAGGCCGUUGCGGAGGCCCAAAUCUACCGAACUACACUCCAAUAUUGGAGACUCUAGUGACGCAGCCCAAGCCCAUGGGAACGGUGCAGAUAUCGACGAACUUUCGUCCCUGGUUUCGAAAACCCCGUCGAGAACGUCCCAGGAUUAUUUCCAUGAGCGUGACCCGGAGGAGGAUGAUGAUGGCCUGUCUGAUGUUGCUCCCGACUCACAUCAGCGAGACAUUAGAGGUUUGGCAAUGCUCAAUAAGGUCGAGUUCUGGCAACUCUUCCUGACAAUGGCGCUCCUUUCUGGUAUUGGCCUGAUGACCAUAAACAAUAUUGGAAAUAGUGUCAAAUCUCUCUGGCAACACUACGAUGACAGCGCGUCGUCAAAAUUCAUACAGCAACGACAGGUCAUGCACGUAUCCAUUCUGUCAUUCGGAAAUUUUGCUGGCCGUCUCUCCAGUGGUAUUGGAUCUGAUAUUCUUGUCAAGAAAUUUAACAUGUCCCGAUUUUGGUGCUUGCUCCUGUCGUCGGUGGUUUUUACGCUCACACAGCUUGCGGGCGCCUCGAUUGUGAACCCAAACCAGCUGGCCAUUGUCUCGGCUUUCACUGGAAUCGCCUACGGCUUCCUUUUCGGCGUUUUCCCUUCGUUGACCGCUCACACUUUCGGUAUUAAUGGUCUUUCUCAGAACUUCGGUAUGAUGACUCUCGCGCCGGUAUUUAGCGGUAAUAUUUUCAACCUGCUUUACGGAGUCAUUUACGAUCUUCACUCCAUUGUCGACAAGGAUGGAGACCGGGAUUGCCCCGACGGGCUCUCCUGCUACCAGACCGCGUACUACAUGACCUUUUUCUCUGGGGUUGCUGGUAUCGUCGUUUGUGUGUGGAGCAUUUGGCGCGAUGGGAAGCGUGGACAGGUCAAUGCAAAAAUUGAACAUGAUAGACUCGCCUGA